GGGGCACUUGUCAAUUUAGGGGGACCUCCCCCUUCAGCUCUGCCCUAUGAGGCCGAGCCAGAGCCCCGUCUCGUCAAGUUGUUGUUUGAGUUGGGCGACACCCUUUGUUGCCAAAGUUCAGUGUUACCCUCCGUUGUCGCCCAAGAAUUCUUGUUGUGCAAAGACGGCCUUGCAUAGGUGGAUGAACGAAGAGAAGAGACCUAACCUCCAUUCAGCAAAAGCGGCACUUUGCUUGGUUGGUUGGUGGCUGGACUGGACUAUCGUCAGAGCAUCACCCCAAGGACAAAACACCUUUUCUCUCUCUCAAACUCUCGGCCGGCCAAAGCGGCGCCCUUCUCCCCGGCCACUCCCAUUUUUCUUGAUUUUCCCCCUUGUCAUUAUCGAUCUGCAGCAGCCAUAUUAGAAGAGAGACAUCCCUAAAAAUGGCCGACCAAGAGACCUUCCCACCUCCCCAGCGAGCAGCAACUUACACGCUGCCACUGCGACCUCGAAUGGACGGCAGCGACGCGAGAGAAUUCAGCUUGGGGCCAAUGGCCGGCACCCCAGACGCACAACACGACCCGGCCGCAGUGCCCCGGGGCUUAGCCUCGCCAGACAUAUCCGUGGAAUUCGCUGGCGAUCACCACCUCGACAGCAGCUCUGAUAAGCCAGAGCUGUUACAUCCUCGCUCUGCGCCCCCUCACGUGCAGCACUUCCAGAGCCCUCUGAGACACCACAAACGGACACCUUCGGUUCAUCGUGAAAUCAAAGAGACGCUCAACGCUCAUUCAGAGUACACAAGUGACGAUUCUGACGGCCGCUCUCACUUUCGCGUCAACCAGUAUGUCAUUAAGGAGGAGAUUGGGCGCGGGUCGUAUGGGGCCGUCCACCUUGCUACUGAUCAGUUUGGGAAAGAAUAUGCCGUGAAAGCCUUCUCCAAAGCCCGUCUCCGCAAACGCAUACAAUCCAACAUCCUCCGCCAUGGUCCGAGAUCACUCGGCCGCUUCCCCUCUCGGGCUCCCUUUGGCGCCCCUGAUCUCCCCAUUGCCCGGUUGACAGACCAGCGAGCAAAGGAAGCGCAGGACCCCCUCUUUCUUAUUCGUGAAGAGAUCGCCGUCAUGAAAAAGCUCAACCACCCCAACCUAGUCCAGCUCAUUGAGGUUCUCGACGACCCCGAAGAAGACACCCUGUACAUGGUGCUGGAGAUGUGCAAGAAGGGUGUCGUCAUGAAAGUUGGUUUGGGCGAGUCAGCCGCGCCAAUUGAUGAAGAGCAGUGUAGGCAUUGGUUCAGGGACUUGAUCCUGGGUGUUGAAUACCUGCAUUCUCAGGGUGUAGUCCACAGGGAUAUCAAACCCGACAACUUGCUCCUCAACGAAGACGACGUUCUCAAAAUUGUCGACUUUGGCGUCUCGGAGAUGUUUGAGCAGUCCACCGACAUGAAGACAGCCAAGAGCGCCGGGUCACCGGCUUUCUUACCUCCUGAGCUCUGUGUUGCCAAACAUGGUGAUGUGUCCGGCAAGGCAGCUGAUAUCUGGUCUAUGGGCGUAUCACUGUACUGUCUCCGCUACGGCAAGAUCCCGUUUGAAAAGUUUGGAGUAUUGGAUAUGUACGAAGCUAUCCGGACAGAAGCCCCCUUUAUUCCCGAGGGCGAGAACCCUUUAUUUGUCGACCUGAUGGGGAGGUUAAUGGAGAAGGACCCAGAGAAAAGAAUCGCAAUGGAGGAACUUCGGAACCACCCCUGGGUCACCAAAAACAACUCCGACCCUCUCCUCCCCACAGAUGAAAAUUGCACCGACCCCGUCGACCCCCCUAACCCAUUGGAAGUAAACCACGCUUUCACCCGACGAAUGUCACAUCUCAUCUGUGUGAUGAAGGCGAUUCGCAAAUUCAAGUCGUUGCUCUCUACGAAUCCCAAGCCGCCAGGGUCACCAUACCAUCACUCCCCUCGCCCAUCUGACACGGCUGAUUUUGCCGCUUCUAUUUUACGUGAGAGGCAGCAGUUUCUUCAGUUUCCACCUCCACACCUCAUCCCACCCUCAACACCACCCCAGCCUUUGCUGCUGGGUAUCGGCACUGGCGGAUUGGAUACGUUUAGCAGCAGUCAUGAUGAUGCGGGACUGGGAGGGGGCCUGGGGAUCGUGGCGGACAGCCCGACGGCGGCGGAUUUCAACAUUUUUGAUAGGGCUUUUGAUAAGGAGGUGGAGAGGAUUAAGGGGAUGAAGAGUAGGGAUGGGGACGGAGGGACGACGAUUUAUCAUACGAGGUUUAAUGACCCCGAAGAGAAAAAGGAGGGGCUUUGGGGGUUGUUUAAUAAGACUACUCAGCAGCAGAAGAGGAAGGAUGAGGGCAUUAGUGGGUUUGCAGAGUUGGUCAGGGUUGCUGUCGCUAGGGAGAAGGAGAAGGAGAAGGAGAAGGAAAGCAAGAAGGGGGCUGGUGGUGAGGAGGAGAAGCCAGCGGGAGAAGGGGACCAAGGCAAGACGGAGUGA